AGUAAUGUUUUGAUUUAUUAAUUUAAACAAUUUUUUUUUUAAUCAGAAUCAUCAUUUUACUUUUAGAAAGACAAUUAGAAAGAUGACAGCUAUGAUUUUUGUGUUGCAAAAAUUGGUUUUUUAUUAUAUAUUUUCCUGUUUAACAACAACAACUGUAACCACAACAGCUCAAGCUCAAACAAAUAAAGCAGUUCUUGGUGGUACUUGCCCUAAAGGCUGGAGUAAUAAUGGAAACUAUUGCUACUUUUUCUACAGUAUAAAUGUUACUCAACCUGGAAAAGAUUGGUUGGAUUCUCUUUUAUGGUGUUUGAAUAAUGGAGGAAAUUUGCUAAGUGUAGCUGAUCAAGCAGAAAAUUUAUUUAUUGUAAACAAUCUUAAAAAUGAGAAAAUGAAAAAUCAACAUUUUUGGAUCGGUCUCAAUGCUCAUCAGAGACUAUUUGUGUGGUCUGACAAUACAGCUUCUUUUUUUUCUAAUUGGAGGCAGGGUCAGCCUGAUAAUCUAUUAGGAAGAGAGAGCUGCGUGGAAACAAAUUCUUAUGGUUGGAAUGACCACGUUUGUGAUAGCCAAUUUGGUUUUAUUUGUAAGAUAAAAAAAGAGAUUUAUGGUAAUGGUUGUUUAAAUAAAAGCUUUGAAUAUGGCAGCAAUUGCUACUUUUUUUAUGGAAAUGUAGCUCAUGAAGGUGUAGAUUGGCGAAAAGCUCAUUACUUAUGUAAAAACAUGGGAGGAAAUUUGUUAAGUGUAACAAACCAAGCAGAAAAUUUAUUCAUAUUAAACCAGCUUAAAAAUGACAGUAUGAAAAACCAGUACUUCUGGAUUGGUUUUAAUGCUCUUAAAAGAACCUUUUCUUGGACUGAUAAUACAGCUCCACUUUUUUUAAAUUGGAAGAAUGGUGAACCUGAUAAUUUUAGUGGAAAUGAGCUUUGUUCUGAAAUAACUACUGAUGGUUGGAAUGAUGUUAGUUGUGACAAUCACUUUGGAUUUAUUUGUAAAACUAAGCAAGGAUUUUCAUUAAGUGGUCAUGAUGAUGAUGAUAUUAGUGAUGGUCACAAAUUGACUCCUUUAACUGCAGCGACUAAAGAUAUGAUUUCCUGCUGGUUUCUUAAAAGAUUUUGCAAACUUUACUAUGAUGAAGAGCUUUGUUCUGUAGUUGAAUACUCGUGCCCGACACUUAAAGCUCCAACAUCAAUGACAACUACUUUUUCAUCAACCAUAACUAAAACUACAGCAACCACAACUGAUUCUACAACAACUUCAACUGACCCUACAACAUCAACAACUGAGACGACAACAACCACAGUUGAAACCACAACAGCCACAACUGAGUCUACAACAACUACACCUGUGACAACAACAACACCUGAAACGACAACAACAAUUCAAACGACAACAACAACUGAAGCACCAUCUACAACUGAGACGACAACAACAACUGAAACGACAACAACUACUGAAUUACCAUUUACAAUUGAGACGAUAACAACAACUGAAACGACAAUAACAACUGAAGCACCAUUUACAACUGAGACGACAACAACAACUGAAACGACAACAACAACUGAAGCACCAUCUACAGCUGAGACGACAACAACAACUGAAAUGACAACAACAACUGAAGCACCAUCUACAGCUGAGACGACAACAACAACUGAAAUGACAACAACAACUGAAGCACCAUCUACAGCUGAGACGACAACAACAACUUAAACGGCAACAAUAACUGAAGCACUAUCUACAGCUGAGACGACAGCAACAGUUUAAGCAACCAUCAACUAAAGAAACUACAACAACUAAAGCAACAACAUCAAUUGAAAGAAAAAAUAAUAACUGAAGCUGUAAUAACAACUGAAGCUACAACAGCAACAACUUAAUCUACAACAUUGACAGCUAAGACGAUAACAACAACUUAAACGGCAACAAUAACUGAAGCUACAACAACGACAACUGAAUAUAAGUUCGUUAAAUAUUCGUUAAAUAUUUUGUAAAUUAAUUGCUUUAUAUCUUUUAAUUAGAUCUGAAUUCUAUUUCAA